AUGACUACUGCGUCUCAAAAUAGCUUACCAAUGCUGUCUCAGCAACAUUCACUGGACAGUGUCUCAGAUACAAACCAUAGCCAAAUGCAUAAUCAUCAUCAUCAUACCCACCACCAUGGUGGUGGUGGUGCUUUUAGUUGGUUGUCACAUUUAUUCUAUAGUAAAAAAAUUUCUGGCGGGCCAGAUGCUUCCAAGGAUAAAACUAUUGUCAACAAUAAUAUAAAUACCGAUAAAGAUAUACAAAGUUAUAAUAAACACCAUCCACAUCAUCAAGUACAUUUGCAUCCAAAUCAGCAACAGCAGCAGCAAAAGCAACCUGCACCUCCACAACUCUCUCAGAACGAUAUUCAACAAUUGGACAAAUUUUGGUCAGAUACAAGAAACUUCAAUGCUGAUAUGUUCGACGACUCAAGCGACGAAGAAUAA